AUGGAGUGUUUCGGUGGACAGGGAUACAUUGAAGACACAGGAAUACCGACUGUUCUGCGAGACGCUCAGGUGACACCUAUCUGGGAAGGAACGACAAAUGUACUAUCACUUGACGUUCUUCGGGUAUUUGCCGGAAACCAGAAUGUGUACCCUGUGUUUGAAAAGCGUAUUAAAUCUCUACUACCUAAUAAUGUAUCGUCUCCUCUGGAUGUUGCUACAGCGGCCGUUAGAAAGGCAAUGACAGAUCUGGGAUCGCUCAUGAGGAAAGCUGCCACGAAUGAUCAGCCAGUUCAGUUGGAUCCAUGUGCUCGACAGAUUGCCUUCGGAAUUGCUCGAAUCUAUGCUGGAGCACUUUUGAUUCGCCAUGCAAGCGACUCGGAUGCUACGAAGAGCGAUGCAGAUGUUGCUGCAAGAUGGUGUUUGGAGCAGCCAUUAGUGGAUAUGAACACGGACUGGCUGAGCAAUGAUCGGAUUCAGCUGGAUCGUUCCAUCGUAUUCGAAAAUUUCCCUGAAGACGCCAGAAACAGCAAGUUAUAA